UAUAUGUUUUUGUUUUGUUUUUUCACUUUACUAAGUUCUGAGAUGCCUAGGGACAGUACCACCAACCUAUAGUGCCUAAAAAGCAAAGCAUCACAAAAGUGAGAGAAAGGAGGAAAGUGAGAAACACACAAAUAAACAACAUUGUUCACAUUACAUAGAAGAGAUCUAAAACACAACAUGGGGUGAACUUGUUUAUGGAUGAUGAUGUCAUUUGGAAUAGAAUGACUUGAUCAGGUUUUUGUUUUUAUUUUUCUUACCGAUCCCAGUGUGUCAGAUAUUUGUUCCUUGAUUCUUGGAAUUUGAGACUUGACUGAGAGUGUAACUGAUCAGCAAGGGAAAUUGAUUGUGUGAUUGUAUAAAGUGGUUCUGGUUUUACUUCAUUGAAUUAACAUCAGAAGAGACAGUGUUUGUGUUCUAGCCUGAUCUGGUGGUGAUGGCAGCUCUGUCCCAUAGUGAAUCUAACAAAAAGUAUUCAUGGUGGUGGGACAGUCACAUAAGCCCCAAGAACUCAAAAUGGCUCCAAGAAAAUCUCACAGAUAUGGAUGUCAAGGUGAAGCAAAUGAUCAAGCUUAUCGAAUUAGACGCAGAUUCCUUUGCCAGAAGGGCAGAAAUGUAUUACAAGAAGCGUCCAGAGCUUAUGAAAUUGGUUGAAGAGUUUUACCGGGCAUACCGAGCAUUGGCUGAGAGAUAUGAUCAUGCAACUGGAGUGAUUCGCCAGGCCCAUCGUACCAUGGCUGAAGCAUUUCCUAAUCAAGUCCCACCAGUACCAACUGAUGAUUUACAUGCCAACAAUCCUUCCAUGGAGAAUGAGCCACAUACGCCAGAUGCUACCCGCCAUUCACAUGCAUUUUCUGACUCGGAUGAAUUGCAAAAGGAUCCUUCUACUCAUGAAACAGAUACUGCAAUAAGCAGAAAGGGUUUGAAACAGCUCAAUGAUCUUUUCAUGACAGGAGAAUCAAUAAGUCAUGUAAAGUUUGCAGAAGGGCGUGCUAGAAGGGGGCUCAAUUUUUUUGACCCAGAGGAAACUAAUGGACUAAACAAUGGAAGCCAUGAUACUGAGAAUCAUGUCUUAUCUGAUUCCGAGCGGAUGACCAAAACCGAGACAGAAAUUUUGGAGUUAAAGAUGGCCCUUGCUAAAUUGGAAAGUGAAAAGGAAGAUGACUUGAUUCAGUAUCAGAAGAGUCUGGAAAGAUUAUCUAAUCUGGAAUCAGAAAUGUCUCGUGCAAGAGAGAAUUCUCAAGGACUUGAUGACCGAGCCAGCAAAGCUGAAGCUGAAGUUCAAACCUUGAAGGAAUCCCUUGCUGAAUUGCAAGCUGAAAGAGAAAGUAAUCUUCUUCAGUACCAGCAGUGCUUAGAGAAAAUAUGUAAUCUUGAGAAAAAUAUUUCUUCUGCUCAAAAGGAUUUAGGAGAACUUAAUGAACGCGCUACCAUAGCUGAAACUGAAGCUGAAUCCUUAAAGACAGACCUUGAAAGAUUAGAUGGUCAAAAGGAAGCUGCCCUUUUUCAGUAUAGCCAGUCAUUGGAGACAUUGUCAAAACUGGAGAUGAAAUUAGUACAAGCCGAGGAGAACGCGAGGAGAACUAAUGAGCAAGCUAGAAUAGCUAAAAAUGAAAUUGAUGACAUGAAGUUAGAAAUUGGUAAACUUACCAAAGAGAAGGAAGAUGCAGCUCUUCGUUAUCAGCAAUGCUUGGAGAUAAUUUCUAGUUUGGAGCAUAAACUCUCUUGUGCCCAAGAGGAGGUGCGUGAGCUAAAUUGCAAGUUAAACGACGGUGCUGAAAAAAUACAUAUUUCUGAAGAAAAGUGUCUUCUCUUGGAAACAUUAAAUCAGACUCUACAAUCUGAACUGCAGUCUUUGGCACAGAAGAUAGGGUCUCAAAGUGAAGAACUUUGUGAGAAGCAGAAGGAAUUGGGUAGACUUUGGACUUCCAUACAAGAGGAGAGGUUGCGGUUCAUUGAGGCUGAAACUGCUUUCCAAACUCUUCAGAAUGUGCAUUCUCAGUCUCAAGAUGAACUUAGAUCUCUUGCUGCUGAGCUUCAUAAUAAAGCUGAAAUUCUGGAGACAAUGGAAUCACAUAAGCAGUCUUUAGAGGAUGAGGUUCACAAGGCUAAGGAGGAAAACAAGAUUCUGAAUGAUAUCAAACUAUCUUCAUCUUUGUCUAUGAAUAAUUUGCAGGAUGAGAUAUUAAGCCUGAGGGAGACAAUAAAGUUACUUGAAAUGGAAGUUGGACUGCGAAUUGAUGAAAGAAAUGCUCUUCAGCAGGAAAUUUACUGUCUGAAAAAAGAGCUUAAUGAUGUCAACAAACGACACGUAUCCACGGUGGAGGAGAUCAGAUCAACUGGCUUAGACCUACAAUGCUUUUCCUUAUCUGUGAAGACAUUGCAAGAUGAAAACUCAAAGCUGAAGGAAACAUGUGAGGCUGGCAAAAGAGAGAACGCAGCUCUCAACAAAAAACUGGAGAUCAUGGAGAACCUUCUGGAGAAAAAUGCGAAUUUGGAGAGUUCUCUUUCAGUUUUGAAUACUGAGCUGGAGAGUGUCAGAGGAAGAGUAAAGGUAUUGGAAGAAACUUGUGAAUCCUUGCUUGAGGAGAAAUCCACUCUUGCUGCUGAGAAGGCAACCUUGUUUUUUCAGUUGCAAACCACAUCCGAAAAGCUGGAGAAGCUCUCGGAAAAAAACCACCUUUUAGAAAAUUCACUAUUUGAUGUGAAUGCUGAGCUUGAAGGAUUACGGAUAAAGUCAAAGAUUUUAGAAGAGACUUGCUUGUCGCUUGACCAUGAGAAGUCUAGUCUCGCGUCUGAGAAAGAAACCUUAGAUUUGCAAUUGAACAUGACUCGUCUAACACUGAAAAAUCUUGAGAAACAACAUAGUGAAUUGGAACUGCAACAUUUGGAACUAAAAGCAGACAGGGAGUCAGCACUUCAAAAAGUGGAAGAUCUACUGGUUUCAUUAUAUGCUGAGAGGGAAGAGCGUUCUAGAACUGUGCAAUUGAAUGAAGGUCACUUGGUUGAGAAGGAGUUUCAAAUUCAAAUUCUACAAGAAGAUGCAAAUUACCAGAAAAAGGAAUAUGAAGAGGAACUGGACAGAGCUGUACAUGCUCAAAUGGAAACUUUCAUCUUCCAGAAAUGUAUUCGGGAUUUGGAGCAAAGAAACUUUUCCCUUUUAGUUGAGAGUCAGAGACUCUUGGAGGCGUCCAAAAUGUCUGACAGAUUGAUAUCUAAAUUGGAGAAUGACAAUGUUCAAAAGCAAGUUGAUACAAAUUUGUUGUCUGAGAAAAUUAACGUACUAAGGAUUGGGCUGCUUCAGGUGUUAAAAUCACUUGACACUAACAGAAAGAAUUUGUCUGAAGAUAACGUUGAAGAAGACCAGGAACUUCUGAACCAUGUACAUGACAAACUUCAAGAGACACAGAAUUCUUUUGUCACGGUUUUUCAUGAAAACCAGCUAGCAGCCAUUGAGAAUUCAGUUCUUGUUUCAUUCCUUGUCCAGUUGAAAUUAAAGGCUGAAAAUCUCGUCACAGAAAGAGAGGCUCUUGAUGGGGCAUUGAGGACCAAGUCUAAGCAAUACUUAGCACUGCAAGAAGAGGUCCGUAUGAUGGUAGAGAAGAAUCAAGAAUUGAAGUUGACAAUAAGCAAGGUUGAAGAGAAAAUGGAAGUAAUGGCAACUGAAAAAUUGACGGCACUCAAAGAGCUAAGCAAAGAACUGGAUAAACUUGUUUCAGUAAAUACCGACCUUGAGGAGAGAUUGAAAAUAGUGAUGGGAAAAUUAGAAGAUGUGCAAAGGGAAAAUUCAUAUCUUAAGGAGUCAUUUGUGGUGUCUAACACUGAACUAAAAUUAGUUGAAUCUGUCAAUGAUAAGUUAAAUUGUCAGAUUAGGAAUGGAAAGGAGUUGUUGUCUCAAAAGGAAAAUGAGAUUUUGGGAGCAGCAGAGAUGUAUAGUGCUUUACAGGAUGAGAAAAAAGCUUUGCAAACAUCGGUGGAAGAUCUGAAGAGUAAGUAUGAUGAUGCGAAGGUGAUACUUGAAGACCAAGAUAGUCAAAUUUUAAAAUUGUCCGCGGACAAGGAUUGUCAAAACGACGAACUUGGAUUUCUUUGUGAAGUGAAUAAGAAGUUGGAAGCAGAAAUGAGGCACCUGCAUCAAGAACUUGGAGAAACUAAACUGAGAGAAAAAAAUAUAAGUUAUGCAUUACUCAAGGGAGUAGAUGAGAUUGAACAAUGGGAAUCUCAGGCUGCCACACUCUAUACCAGAAUGCUGAUUUCUAAUGUCAAUGAGACAUUCUUUGAAGGGAAGGUCCGUGAGCUAGCUGAUGCAUGUGAGAAUCUUGAAUACAGAAGCAGCUCCGAAGUUAUGGAAAGUGGAAAGCUGAAAGAACGAGUUAACAAGUUGGAGGGUGAAAACAGGAGAUUACAGGGUCAGUUGGCUGCUUAUGUCCCAGCUGUCGGUGGUUUGAAUGAUUGUAUAACAUCCUUGGAGAUGCAGACCCUUGUACAUGCAAAGCCUCAUCAUGACUACAAAGAAACAAAGAAAUUAAGAUCACUGGAUACUCGUGUGCUAACGGAGCAGGUCAUUUGUGAUAAAAUUAAAGAGUUGGCAAAUAUCAAAUACGCUGAAGGUGAUCCACAUUCAAGUAAAGAUCAAAAUGCUACAGAAACAGAUGCACUGCCAGACUUCCAGGACAUGCAGAAGAGGGUUAAUGCAAUUGAAAUGGCUGUUAAACAGAUGAAUGAAAGUUUCAAGCCUAAGGAUGAAAUGAGAGAGAUUCAAGUAUUAAAAUCUGGAAUCGGAUGGUGCCAAGGAAAUAUUCCAGCAAGCAAGCAUUCUACUCAAAUGGAUGAAGCAAAGGAGCAUCAAUUCGGAGCUGUUUAUGGACAUAAGACAGGAAAAUCAUUGCAAGAUAUUCCUGUAGCAGAAAUUGAAGUUCUGCAAAAAGACAUCAUGCUUGAUCAUACACAUGGGAAAAGUAGGAGAGGAGCUCGUGAGUCGGAUGAUCAGAUGCUCGAAUUGUGGGAAACUGCUGAUAAGGAUGGCACUAUUGGCGUGACAGUUGGCAAGGGACAGAAGGACACUGCACCAACUGAAUACUACCAAAGGAGACCAAGCAAGGAAUCCAAAAAUAGAUAUUCUUCGGUAGAGUCCUUGAUCGAAAAGGAAUUGAGUGUAGACAAAUUAGAGAUCUCAAGACUACAGGAGCAACCACUGCUUCUUGAAGGCAAUAAUAAGAGGAAGGUUUUAGAAAGGCUUGAUUCAGAUGCUCAAAAGUUGAUGAACCUCGAAAUCACCGUACAAGAUUUGAUAAACAAGAUGGAAAUUAUUGAGAAGAGCACAAUGGGAAAAGGUAUUGAGUAUGAAGCUGCAAAAGGGCAGCUUGAAUCUGCUCAGGAGGCCAUCACAAAGUUGUUUGAUGCCAACCGCAAGUUGAUGAAGAACGUAGAAGAGGGUACGUCCUCUUUUGCUGGGAAGUCUACAACAGUGUCGGAUGAGAGUGGAAGUGUUAGCAGAAGGAGAGUUUCCGAACAGGCUCGGAGAGGAUCUGAAAAAAUAGGACGGCUGCAAUUGGAGGUGCAAAGGCUGCAAUUUUUACUUCUAAAAUUGAAUGAUGACAAAGAAAGCAAAGGAAAAGGAAAAGCAAUGAUUGAUGACCAAAAUCCAAGAGUCCUUUUGCGAGAUUAUCUCUAUGGUGGGACAAGGAAAAGCUACCACAAGUUGAAGAAGAAGAAAGCAUCCUUCUGUGCAUGCGUGCAGCCACCCACUAAGGGAGAUUGAUUGAGUCAGCAAGAACUUUAGCAUAAAUUAAAAUACAUGAGACAAAUGAUACAUUAGCUUUCUUUUUUGUAAAUUUUCCUUCAUAGUCUAGACAUGUUUCAAAACCUUGCAUUUUCUUACUAUGGAGAGGAUCUGGGGUUAAUUUAACAGUUAGAUCCCGUUGUACAUGUAGCGUACCGUUCACUCACUAGAAGAGGCUAGGAUGGAAUUUUCGCCGUUUCAUUUUCUGAAAAUCCCCUCUAUCUUAUUUCCUUCUUGGUUAGAUGUGCAGUUAUUGCUUGGCUAGUACAAUAUUCACCAUCAUGGUGCCAUGCAACUAUCUUCAUUUUUA